AUGUGGCUCCGGUCACGCCCCUGGAUCCUUUUAUUCCUCUUCAAUUCUAUUCUAGUUGCAGCGGAAGAAAUUGUCACCUGCACAAGUUUAGAUACGAUCGAGAAUGGGUCAUUUGAAGAUGGAAGUACGAGCUGGGGCUUUGCAUCGGGCACUUCAGGAUCCGUGGUCAGCGGAGAUGCAGCAGACGGAGACUACUAUGUACAAACGUCGGCUACCUCAACAAGUGUUUCGGUUCUGCUCUACCAGCGUCUCUCCAACUUGCUAGCUGGAAAUACAUAUGGGGUUUCCUUCGAAUAUCGUGUUGUUCCAAAUUCGAAUUCACAAAGCAUGACCUGCUAUUUCAAGAUGUACAUGGAUUCUUUUACCACGGCUGGGCUUCUUGCCCAGACCAGCAUCUCGGUUACCUCUUCGACCACCAGUUGGAGCACCCUCUCGGGGUCAUUCACACCAACCAGUUCCGGGACCCAUACAUUUGAGAUCUAUGGAUACUGUACGGGUUCUACAACCUAUGCUGGCGCUGCAAUCGAUCUCGACAAUAUUAUCAUCUCGGGAACAACUUCCAGUACAUGCACCACAUCGACUGUGACGCCCAGCCCUACCCCAACACCAACAACAUCGCCAUCCUCAAGUCUAUCCAGUACAUCAGCUAUUGUAUCGAGUGCUGCGCUACAAUCGUCUUCAGUCGCUGUUGGCUCUAGUUCGUCCGUCAUCUCAAAGUCUACGCCAGCUAUCAUAUCGAGCGCUGCACUGCAAUCGUCUUCAGUCGCUGUCGGUUCUAGUUCGUCCGUCAUCUCAAGGUCUACGCCAGCUAUCGUAUCCAGUACUGCACUACAAUCGUCUUCAGUUGCCAUCCGUUCGAGCUCGUCUGUCAUCUCAAAGUCUACGCCGGCGAACGUGCCCACGUCUACCAGUUCACCGUUGAAACACCUAUCUACCUCUAUCCCUAACAGGCCAGCUAGCUCGAUGUCCAUUCCUUUCGUGUCCAAACCUCCGUCUUCUUAUUCCAGGACUGCAAAGUCUCGAUCUGCAACCCUGUCUGCCUCUGUGCCUCCGGGAUCUGCAGCCCCGUCUGCCUCUAUCCCCCUGGGCCAUGGAUCUUCUUCUACUACAGUAGCUAGCAGCGAAACCUACUCAAAGAGCCUCUCAGUUUCAUCUGCAACAGCUGGCACCACGGAUUUUUCUACUACUGGACUAGCGACAACUGUCCCGGUUCCAGGAUCUACCUCCGACGAAGACCAAUACACUACCUCAACGGUCUUCAGUACUCGUACCGCCACCAUCACAGCUUGUCCUUCUAGUGUGACCGACUGUCCAGCUCGAGAGAAAAUUACCCGCACCACGACGGAGACAAUUCUCGUUUCGACAACUGUCUGUCCAGUCUCCGCGGCUGAGACAACACAUACAGUUGAAACUGGAUCCGCUGGUAUUGGCUCCGGCACGGAUAGUGAAAGUUAUACCACUUCUACCAUUUUCAGCACUCGCACGGCUACUAUCACAGCAUGUCCAUCCAGCGUUACAGACUGCCCUGCGCGUGAAAAGACAACUUAUCUCACAACAGAGACAAUUCUUGUGUCUACAACUGUCUGCCCAGUGACUGCAGCUGAAGCUACCGCCACUGUGACUGCCAAUGAGAAAGGAACAGAUGUCACCGACAAAAAAUCUGUGGUAUCCAGUACUAUCUACACUACCUCUGGUGCCGAAGAGACCAUUGCCCCUUCACCAAGCGACAGCUCCAAAUCCAGCUCUAGCUCCGAGUUCCUGGAUUAUACCAAUGCAUCAAGCUCCCCCUCCAGCGCGUCAAACGUGUCGAUCAGUCCUGGGCUUGAAUUUACCACUAUUCCUGUGGCUGUCCCUUCUUCAGAGGCCUCCGAAGUUGAUGCCACUAAGAAUUCCUCUCUUGGAACGAGUCACAUCCAGGUUUCUAGACCUACUGUGACAAUUGUUCCUGUUGGGUCCCACGAUUCGACCAUGAUCAAGCUUGCAAGUUCUUCAACUUCUAAAACAAUUCCCUCCUCAUCAAGUGCCCACGGAGGCCAAGUUAUCUCCUCAACCACCACCCCAGGCACCCCCUUGUUCACCGGUGGCUCUGUGUCGCAAUACGGCGUCGUCUCGAUGAAGCUAAUUUCCUCGUUCUUGCUCCUCGCUGGCCUGGCUUUUGUGAUGUAG